AUGAAGGCUCUAGCUUCGCUUGCCUUAUUGGCCGCAGGGGCUACUGCGCAGAUCAUUGAAAGCUCUAGUUUUGGUCAGAGUUAUCCGAUAUCACCAAGCGAAGACUCGAUCCCUGGGUGGUCAGUUGGAGGGGAGGGCCAUGACCCUGUGGUUUUGUCAAACAAGGUCAUUUUAACGCCCCCUAUCCCGGGUAACACGCGCGGAUAUGCCUGGUCCAACACCCCCGUCUCCCAAUCCGAAUGGACGGCCGAGUUCGAGUUCCGAGCAAGCGGUCCCGAACGAGGAGGUGGCAUCCUUCAAUUAUGGUACACCAAGGACGGUCAUUCUCCAAUCGGCACUUCCAGUAUAUACACCGUGGGCCAGUUUGACGGUUUCGCUCUUGUCAUCGACGCGCACGGCGGGAGAGGUGGAAGCAUUCGAGGUUUCCUGAACGAUGGAACAACGGACUACAAGAGCCAUCGCAAUGUCGACAGCCUGGCUUUCGGACACUGCGACUAUUCGUACCGCAACCUGGGCCGUCCGUCGAUCAUUAACUUGAAAUAUACCAACUCGGUCUUCGAGGUUUCUGUCGACGACAUGAUCUGCUUUUCGACCACCAAAAUCGCCCUGCCCGUCGGAAACAGCUUCGGCCUCACCGCGGCCACCCCAGAACACGCGGACUCGUUCGAGAUCUUCAAAUUCGUCCUGAACUCCGCCUCCGGCAAGACCACCCCCCUCAGAAGUAACCCCGUGACGGAUGCCGGCAUCGCAGCGCAGUUCGUCGACCUCAGCGGCCGCCUGCAGCUCACCAACAAGGCCACCAGCAACAUCCUCCAAGACCUGCGCAUGCAAGCCUCCAACGCCGAGUCCCGCCACUCAGAGCUCCUCUCCCGUGCAGCGACCAAGGACCAGGUCGCCGCCCUCGAUGCUCGCCUGCAGCGCAUCGAACAGCUGCUGCAGGCCGUCCAGCGCGAUCUGGAGGGCAAGGACUACAGCAAUCGCUUCAACCAGCUCCACGAGACCCUGCGGUCCUCGCAUCUCAGUCUGAGCGAGAAUCUCCAGGGCCACCUGUUGAGUGUUAUUACCGCCUCGACUCCGCGCAUGGGCUUCUUUCUCUUCAUGGUGAUCGCCUUCCAAGUGGUGCUCGCCGUGUCCUACGUUAUCUACAAGCGCCGUCGCGCCAACAUGCCCAAGAAAUUCCUUUAA